AAAUAAACUUUAAAAUUAAUUAAAGCAUUAAAUAGUGAGGAAUUGAAGGCAGAUUUUGAUGGGAUGGGAGUGGCAUCCGGCAUUCUUGUGCACAUGCAGUCAUUAGAAAGAAAAAAAAAGAAAUAAAUUACUUAGACUUAGGUGGGAUCUUAUACAUCAUGAUUAAUAAAAAUUUAUUAUAUAUAAAAGAGUGUUUUAUAUUUUAAUAUUAAAUUAAUUGAUGAAUAAUUUAUUAUUUAAAAUUAAUAAAUAUAUAUUAAUUAUUUAUGGAUUUAAUGUGUAUAUUAAGUUUAUUUAUUGGUAACCUAACCAGCUGUACGCUUGGCUAGUUAAUGCCACUACUCCAUGCACACCGACGUCAUUCCAACCUAACCUUUUAAAGAGAAAGAAAAAGAAAGGAGGAGUCAAGUCCUUAAAUGGUGCAGUUAGUUGUUGCAGUUAAGCAUCCUCUAACCUCUACCUCCACAUAAAAGAAAAUAAAGAAAAGGAAAAAUCUUAUCACUGAAUAAAACCCAAAAAAACCUGCAACAAAAUUGACACUCCAAUCCAAGAAACACAAAACAAAGUAAAAAAGCAAUCUUCUUCUUCUUUCUCUUGUCUUCCUUUUUAAAUUUUUGCUCCUAUAUAUCUAUAUAUACAUAGAUAGAUAUAGUUCAGUUUGCAAGAUUAUGAAGAAUAAUUACUCAAGAACUGGAGUCUUGGAGAGAAAAAUCAAGAAAAUGGAUCAAACAGCACAAAUUUUCAAGAAGAAGAACAGCAGCAGCAAGAAAUUAUCAGAAGAUGGUGUUGGUGAUCUUCUUGAACAUGAUUAUGAGACGCAAACGUCGACCAAAAGGAAACGCUAUGCUUUGUUGUCGUUCUGGGAAUUACCUGAGUACUUGAAAGAUAAUGAGUUCAUUCUUGGCUAUUAUAGAGUUAAUUGGCCUAUUAAAGAGGCCUUUUUUAGCAUUUUUUGUUGGCAUAAUGAAACUCUCAAUGUUUGGACGCAUUUAAUUGGGUUUUUAUUGUUCUUGGGGUUGACUAUUGCGAGUGUAAUGCAAGUUCCUCAGGUAGCAGAUCUUCUCGGCAUGUUUACCAGUGCAGUGGCAAAUGUUUCCCAUAAUCCGAAGGAUUUCUUUUUGGGGGCAACAAAACUUGUUGAUUUGAAGCAAAUAACAGAACAAACAAUGGGCAGUGCUCAGCCAGGGACAGUAAUGCCAGUAACCAGGUGGCCAUUUUAUGUAUUCUUAGGUGGUUCCAUGUUCUGUCUCCUCUCAAGCAGUAUUUGCCAUCUCUUUUCUUGCCAUUCUCACAGCCUAAACAUUUUCUUGCUGCGUAUUGACUAUGUUGGUAUCAUUACAAUGAUAAUCACCUCAUUCUUUCCUGCAAUUCACUACAUCUUCCAAUGUGACCAACACUGGGAAUAUGUCUACCUUGGUGGUGUAACAGCAAUGGGCACCUUCACCAUUAUAACACUGCUUUCUCCAUCACUCUCUGCGGGCAAAUUUCGCACUCUUCGAGCCCUUCUUUUCUCUUCAAUGGGAUUUUUCAGCUGCAUUCCUGCAAUUCAUGCUAUAAUUGUGAACUGGACUAACCCUAUACGUGACACCAUUAUAGCUUAUGAGUCUGCCAUGGGCAUAUUCUAUUUGAUCGGUACAAUAUUCUACGUUAGCCGGAUCCCGGAAAGACUGAAGCCAGGAUGGUUCGACCUAGCAGGCCAUAGCCAUCAAAUUUUUCAUGUUUUCGUUGUGUUGGGAGCAUUGGCUCAUUAUGGUGCUAUAGUUGUAUUCUUGGAGUACCGUGACCGUGUUGGAUGCUAAGGCGGUAAGGCCUAAUAGAGUAAUGCUAUAUAAUCUAGCUUUAUUUAUCUCAAUUCUUGUAUUUUUAUUAAACUGUCUUUUAAUAUUUUAAAAUUAAAAGACAAUUUUUAUAAAUAUAUUAUAUACCACAUCA